GUUGCGUUGUCCCUUCUCCCUUCACUCCGCUAGGGUUUUACCCCGCGAUGGCCGCCGCCGCCGCCGCCGCCGCGCGGAGGCUCCUCUCCCGCCGCGCCACCUCCUUCUCGGCCUCCGCUCUCCUCCGCCGCGGCGGCCCCGGUGCGCCGGAGUCGCUGCUGCGCCCCACCGUCGCCGCGGUCUCGCGCGUCGGCUUCCUUCGCGGGUUCGCGCGGCGGCCGGGCGGCGAUGGGUACUCCCCGAUGCGGUCCGGUGGCGGCGGAGGAGGAGGCGGAGACCGCGCGCCGACGGAGAUGGCCCCGCUGUUCCCCGGGUGCGACUACGAGCACUGGCUCAUCGUGAUGGACAAGCCAGGCGGGGAGGGCGCCACCAAGCAGCAGAUGAUUGACUGCUACAUCCAGACCCUCGCCAAGGUCCUCGGAAGUGAGGAGGAGGCGAAGAAGAAGAUCUACAACGUCUCCUGCGAGAGAUACUUUGGUUUCGGGUGCGAGAUCGAUGAGGAGACGUCCAACAAGCUGGAAGGGCUUCCUGGUGUUCUGUUUGUCCUCCCUGAUUCCUAUGUCGACCCUGAGUACAAGGACUAUGGAGCUGAGCUCUUCGUCAAUGGAGAGAUUGUUCAGAGGUCCCCGGAGAGGCAGAGGCGGGUAGAACCUGUCCCACAAAGAGCAUCAGAUAGGCCUAGGUACAAUGACAGGACCCGAUACGCCCGGAGGAGGGAGAACCAACGGUGAUCUGAUUAUCAGAAGCCAAAUAACAAAGCCGCCUGGGUGGCUUGAGGCCUUACUAGCAUAUGCUGAAUGGAACAAUCUAAAAAUUGCUUUAAUAGUUUUGUCGCUGGUAUUGCUAUUUUUCAUGCUGGUGAUUCUCACAUCUUUGGAUGUAUCGCAUUCUGUAAUUACUGGAAAACUUGAAAGUACCUGGCUUGGAAUGCAUUGCUGCUGCUGAACUCUUCGGCCAUGUGCACACUUGUAAAUCAGUUAGAUGAUUUUCACAGCGAGCUACAUGUCGUCUACUCUGAAUUUGUUUUGUUA